AGGCCCUAAGAGAGGCACUCAGUCUCCAGGGCUGGCAGGCAUCCGCUGGCCCCUCUGCUGGGCACCACCGACCUCUGAUGCCCCGCAAUGCCCACACCCCAUGUCUCUGCCCCCCUGCCCACGCCCUUUUGGGGCAACACCUCUGGGGGCAGCGUGCUGAGUGCUGAUGAUGCCGCCAUGCCUGUUGACUCCCUAGCCCUGAGGGUGGUGGUUGCCCUGGCCUAUGGGCUAGUGGGGGCCAUCGGCUUGCUGGGAAAUUUGGCUGUGCUGUGGGUGCUGGGACACUGUGCUCGGCGAGCCCCCCGCCGGCCUUCCGACACCUUCGUCUUCAACCUGGCUCUGGCGGACCUGGGGCUGGCAUUCACUCUCCCCUUCUGGGCGGCCGAGUCAGCGCUGGACUUCCACUGGCCCUUCGGGGGUGCCCUCUGCAAGAUGGUCCUGACAGCCACUGUCCUCAACGUCUACGCCAGCAUCUUCCUCAUCACAGCGCUGAGCGUUGCCCGCUACUGGGUGGUGGCCAUGGCCACAGGGCCAGCCACCCACCUCUCGCUCUUCUGGGCCCGCGUGGCCACCCUGGCAGUCUGGGGAGUGGCUGCCCUGGCAACGCUGCCCACGGCUGUCUUUGGGGCCGAGGGUGAGAUGUGGGGCGUGCAUCUGUGCUUGCUGCGCUUCCCCAGCAGGUACUGGCUGGGGGCCUACCACCUGCAGAGGGUGGUGCUGGCCUUUAUCGUGCCCCUGGGCAUCAUCACCACCAGCUACCUGCUCCUGCUGGCCUUCCUGCGGCGGCGACGGCGGCAACGGCGGCGACGGCGGCAUGGCCAGGCUGUGGCCCGCUCCAUCCACAUUCUGGUGGCCUCCUUCUUCCUCUGCUGGUUCCCCAACCACGUGGUCACUCUGUGGGGCGUCUUGGUGAAGUUUGACCUGGUGCCCUGGGACAGCACUUUCUACACCCUCCACACCUACGUCUUCCCUGUUGCCACCUGCCUGGCACACAGCAACAGCUGCCUCAACCCCGUGCUGUACUAUCUUCUCCGGCAGGAGCCCCGGCAGGCCCUGCUGGACACUUUCAGGGAUCUGCGAGCGAGACUGCAGCCCCAGGGCCAGGACAGGGUGGAGCAGGUGGCCCUAAAGGAGGUAGGCAGGUGGUGGGUGACAAGCACCCCCCAGGAGAGUGGGCCUUCCACCAUGCUCACCAACCUGGACAAGGGGACACCUGGGUGA